AUGCAAUUGUUAGGUUAUAGCUUUUGCAUUAUUGUGGUUGUUAAUUUAUGUUUGUGGUCGAUCUUUUGUGUUAUGGUCGAAGCAACAAGUGUUUAUUCAAAUGAUAUUGGAGGUGGCGCAAGACACGAGAAUCAACAUCAACAAGAUAAUAAAAUUAGUUUAUCCACCUAUCAUCCGACAACGAUGAUGACUGAAAUGCGAUCGAAUCCUUUGAAUAUUCCUGAACAAUCGUUAGAAUAUUUCAUUACAGACAUGAGAAAAACAAUCGCGAAUCAAGUCGGUACUCAACAAUGUGUUGUGUUAAAUUCAAUUGAUCGUAAACGUAAAUAUCCAGAUAAUCUAUCGAAUAAUAUCAAUAUAAUCGAAAACGUAACAGAAGAAAAUGAUUAUAAACAAAAAUAUUUUGAUUUAUUAGGGAGAUACGAAAAUCUGAAAACAAAAUAUUCAAUAUUAGCCAAAGAACAUGAUCUAUGUAAAAGAACUGUUCCUGUUCCACCACCAGAAACGGAACAAUGGCUUCGUACUGUAUUAGCUAAAGUUGAAUUGUUGAAAGAAGGUGGCGGACCAACGGGCAAGAUUCCAUUAUCACCGCAUUCAUUGCGGUCAUGCGUACGUGAUACACCGUCGAAUACAGCAAGACAAAUUGUACGUCGACUAUUUUCAAAAGAAGAUUUGGCCAAUAUGUCAGCAUCGAAAAUAGACAAUGAAUUAAUGAAUGAUAUUAUUGCCUUUGUUCGUUCCAAACAUCCUUUACAUCCAAUUGAAACUUCAAAAAUUAAGGCAGCUAUAUCAAAUCUAUGUGUUCAAGCACGGCGUGAAUUAAAAGGGCCAUCUUCUUCUCAUGCGCAACACGUUCAUAAUAAUAAUAAUAAAAACAACACAAUAGGAACUUCGAUAAUUGUGACAUCAAAUCAACAAAAUAAUAAUAACACACCAUAUUCUUCUCUAACAGAUAUGUCCACUACUACGACAACUCCACAAACAGUGACCGUUAAAUAUGAAUAA